UGAUCAUCGGCCCCAUCAGUGCCAUCUGUCAGUGCCCAUCAAUGCCACAUAUCAGUGCUUACCAUGCCACCUGUCAGUGCCCAUCAAUGCCACUUGUCAGUGCCCAUCAGUUCCACAUAUCAGUGCCUACCAGUGCACAUUAAUGCCACAUAUCAGUGCCCAUCUGAGCUGCCUUUCAGUGUUACCUAUCAGUGCCAGUCAGUGCUGCCAAUCAGUGCCCAUUAGUGCCAGUCAGUGCCACCUAUCAUUGAUUGUCAGUGCUGCCUAUCAGUGCCAUAUAUGAGUGCUGCCUUUCAGUGCCCAUCAGUGAUGCCUGUCAAUGCCUAUCAGUGCCACCUACCAGUGCCUUCUCAUCAGUGCCCAUCACUGCAGCCUCAUUAGUGCAAAUCAGUG